AAAAAGGAAUGAUUCUUCUGUUUUUCUUGCAGUAUUGCUGUUAAUUCGAACAACUAGAUUCGAAAUGGAGUGCUUACUAUACGUCUAUCUUCUAGGAAUAUUGUUUUCCUUGUCGAUGGCCCUCGAAGUUUCUCACUUCUAUAUUUGCUCAACUGAUUACGUAGCAAGGGAACGUAAUUUCCUCUGCCACACAGCCAAUUUUAAGUUGGUAUCGUUGCCACCCAAAGGGGAUGAAUUUUUCGACUGCUGCUUCCAAACAAGUGAAUGGAUGGACCGAGGCAGCAAAGAGUUGAAAACGAAUAAAUUCGUCAGCGACAUGAAGAAGUAUGGCUUCGAUAAACGUAAGGCCAUUGAGAAAGUGGUACAAAGCUGCAAGACUGAAAUGGGAGACAAAAUAAACGGUUGGGCGUACUUUCGGUGUUUCGUGAUGGAUCGGAAAAUUUCAAAUGGAUUCAAAAAAAUGUUGGAGAAAAAAGAGAGACGGUUUUUCACCGAAAAACCCUUUUGUAAGUGAGGUUGAUGUGAUUGAGAAUAUGAUGGAAAUAAAAUGGAGUCUGCUUUUUUGAGAGCUACUUAUCUAGACAAAACAGAAA